CAGGUUAUCGAGGCCUGUCUAGCGAGGUUUAAACUUACAUCCCUGGCAACACUGGGAGCUCGAAGCAGGAGCUGUUUACAUCUAGCAGUGGCCGCCGUACUGUGUAGUAAUUUUGGAAGAUGGGGGACGAAAACAAAGAUGAGGAGCGUGUAUAUGGAGGUUGUGAGGGUCCCGACGCCAUGUACGUCAAGUUAAUAUCUUCUGAUGGCCAUGAAUUCAUUGUCAAGAGAGACCAUGCACUCACCUCAGGAACCAUCAAGGCUAUGCUCUCUGGACCUGGCCAAUUUGCUGAAAAUGAAACAAAUGAAGUCAACUUUAGGGAGAUACCAUCACAUGUACUUCAAAAAGUGUGCAUGUAUUUCACCUAUAAGGUUCGGUACACUAACAGCUCUACGGAGAUUCCUGAGUUCCCCAUUGCACCUGAAAUUGCUCUAGAGCUGCUUAUGGCUGCUAACUUCCUCGACUGCUGAACAAAUCAAUUAUAAACCAUAUGCCUCUUGAGUUAUUAAGUCUGUGAGAUGGUGUGUGAAUAUCAAGGAUUUUCUUUCAAGCAUUGGUAGAGAGAGAAUCUUAAAGAAACUUUAGGGUCAUUCAAUAGGUGAUUUCAUCAUUCUGUACCAUGAUAUUGUGAUUUCACGAAUUUGCAACAUUCAUUCUGUAAAGACAGUAAACGAUUAUAAUCAUCUUGCAAUUGUGAGGUAUUCAGAUAGGAAGUGAAGAAUGAAAAUAUAUGUUAGGUACCAGUAUGAGCUAUUGCCAAGACAUAAGGACAGUGAGGUGACAGAGCUAGAUUUAUCAACAGAAUUUAUCAUAGCUUUUUCUACUUAAAUGUUAAGGCAUCAGUUGUUUUAAAUAACUCCAACUUCAGGAAAUUGAAAAUCACUUAUAUGUAACUGAAAUAGGAGGAUAAGUUUGUAUGUAAAGAUGAGUGUUAGGAGACCAUUUGAUUAAUAUUUAUAAAGAGAAGAUGGUGCUGCUGUGUACAUCAAAUCCUUCUUUAUUUGGCAUGUUUGUUUAUUGUAGGAUAGUACCCAGUUCCUGAGGCUACAGUAUUGUAUCUGUUGCUGAUAACUUAGAAAACUGUCACUGAUAUGUUGUAGCAUCACUGAAAUUGAAAUAGUACUGAAAAAGAAAAAAAUCCUCGCGUUUAGGCCCCAAUUUCUCAAGUAUUAUGGCUUCAUUCUUUCACCAGUUUGAAUUUGGAUUUGUCAUCCACCGUAAACAUUAAUGUGCAGGUUUACAAAUGGAAAUUACUUAAAACUCUACCGAAUGUAUAUAUUAGGCAAACACUUUGCACUACUUGACAUGUUAAUUGCAUAUAGUUGAUGCACUCACAUCUUUGUUAUUAAUGACAUAAAUAUUUUGUCCUAAUAUUUCUAAUUCUUAUAGAGAUCCCCUCUAUGUGCAGGGUGAUGAAUAUGAUUAUGGAAGGUUUUUGCAUUGGAGAGAAUACUGCUAACCAGUUUGCCAAAAAAAAAAAAACAUUAAAUUGAAAUUUUGAGUCUUGGUUUCCUUUAUUGGUUAGAUUCUUGUAUUCUUUUUUUUUGGUGGAAAUUUAUAUAUUUAAUUUUGUUUCAUGUGUAUGUUGUACAGUAAGUUUUGUGAGUAUGUUGUUUUCUCUUGUAUUCAAUUCUGAAUAAAAUAUUGGUACAUUU